AUGGGAAGGAUGGGCAAUGUAACAGAAUUCAUCCUCCUGGGCUUGACCCAAGACCCAGAUCUGCAGAAACUCUUAUUCUUUGUGUGUUUAGUCAUCUACUUGAUCACCCUGGCAGGUAACACGCUCAUCUCAGUCACCAUCUUCAUCAGCCCAGCCCUGGGUUCUCCCAUGUACUUUUUCCUGUCAUACUUGUCCAUUAUCGAUGGUUUCUACUCCUCUUCCAUAGCACCCAAGAUGAUCCUGGACUUAAUCUCAAAAAACAGCACCAUAUCCUUUAAUGGCUGCAUGACUCAGCUUUUUGCUGAACACGUUUUUGCUGCAGCUGAAAUCAUCCUGUUAAUUGCCAUGGCCUAUGAUCGCUACGUAGCCAUCUGCAAGCCCUUGCACUACAUGACCAUCAUGAGCCGACCUGUGUGUAUUUUCCUGGUAGGGGCAGCGGGGAUUUUGGGGUUCAUUCAUGGAGGGAUACAGAUUUUGUUUAUGGCACAGUUACCAUUCUGUGGCCCCAAUACUAUUGAUCACUUUAUAUGUGAUUUAAUUCCGCUCCUGGAGUUGGCCUGCACGGACACUCAUACUCUGGGGCCCCUAAUUGCUGCCAACAGCGGGUCACUGUGUUUUCUCACUUUUUCUAUGCUGGCUGCUUCUUAUGUCAUCAUCCUGCGCUCCCUUAGGAAUCACAGUUCUGAGGGGCGUCGCAAAGCUCUAUCCACCUGUGCCUCUCAUAUCACUGUGGUCAUCUUAUUCUUUGUACCUUGCUCAUAUCUGUACCUAAGACCUUGUAUCUCCUUUCCCAUUGACAAAGUUGUGACUGUGUUUUUCACCUUAGUAACACCCAUGUUGAACCCUUUAAUCUAUACCCUUAGAAACAAAGAAAUGAAAAGAGUUAUGACAAGACUAUUGGACCAAAUAAUGAAAUCUGGUGAUAAAUAA